UGACUUCCAACUGCCGACUCGGUCCGAUUCGGACCGUCUCCUAACCCGUAAGAAAAAGCGCCGGCGGCCGGCUUCUCGCUUAUAAAUGCCUCUCUCUCUGCCUCUCUCCUUCUCUCCCUCCCUCUCUCUCAAGAGAAUAAAAUAACAAAUAAAAAACAAAAAACCCCUCUUCUUCCUUUUAUCUCCAGAUCUCAACAGUCAAUACCUUCCCGAAUCAACGGCUCCCUUUCCCCCACAUCCCCGGCCCGAUCCUCCUCAUCCUGCGGCGAUGGGAGCCGUUCCAGACGCAGAAGGUCCAGCGCGUCGGUUCUGGGUCAGAUUCCGCAAGGAAUCGGUUUUCGCCGCGUAUACACCGUUCGUUGUGUGUUUGGCGUCUGGGAGAUUGGAGCUGGAGACGUUCCGGCAUUACAUCGCGCAGGACGUGUAUUUCCUUAGGGCUUUUGCGCGGGCGUACGAGAUGGCGGAAGAAUGUGCAGAUGACGACGAUGCGAAGAUGUCGAUAUCUGAGUUGAGGAAGGCCAUUUUGGAGGAGAUGAAAAUGCAUGAUGCGAUCGUUGAAGAAUGGGGUGUUGAUCUCACAAAAGAAAGCACUCCAAACUUGGCAACAGUAAAGUACACUGAUUUCCUGUUAGCAACAGCUGCAGGAAAGAUUGAAGGAGGGAAAGGCCCCAUCAAAAUUGCAACACCUUUUGAGAAGACAAAAAUUGCUGCUUACACAUUAGGUGCCAUGACUCCUUGCAUGAGGCUCUAUGCCUUUUUAGGCAAGGAGCUUCAGUCGUUCUUGGAUCCUGGUGAAACCAAUCACCUCUACAAGAAGUGGAUUGAGAAUUAUUCAUCUGAAAGUUUUGAGUCAUCGGCUCUGCAAACUGAGGAAUUGCUUGACAAACUAAGCAUCUCAUUGACAGGGGAGGAACUUGAAGUCAUAGAAAAGCUUUAUCAUCAAGCUAUGAAACUUGAAAUAGAUUUCUUUUCUGCUCAGCCAAUUGUUCAGCAAACUGUAGUCCCUCUGUCAAGAGUGCAGGAUCCAGCAGAGCAUCAGCUUAUCAUAUUUUCUGAUUUUGAUUUGACAUGCACUGUUGUCGAUUCCUCGGCCAUUUUAGCGGAGAUUGCUAUAUUAACUGCACCCAAAGCUGAUCAGAUUGGGCCUGAAAAUGUAAAUGCUCGUAAGUCAUCAGCUGAUCUGAGGAACUCUUGGGAUGCUCUUUCCAGUCUAUAUACAGAGGAGCAUGAACAAUGCAUAGAAAGCAUUAUUCCCAGUGAAGAAGCCAAAGUGGAAACUUUUAACUAUGAAGGUCUAUGCGAAGCACUUGAGCAACUUUCUGACUUUGAGAAACGGGCAAACUCUCGAGUCAUCGAGUCAGGAGUGUUGAAGGGCGUGAAUUUGGAGGACAUAAAACGGGCAGGGGAACGUCUAAUACUCCAGGAUGGAUGUCCAGGAUUUUUCCAGCAGAUUGUCAAUAAGAAGGAAGAGUUGAAUGCAGAUGUUCAUAUACUUUCAUAUUGUUGGUGUGGCGAUCUCAUUAGAUCAGCUUUUUCAUCAGGUGGCCUUAAUGUUGUGAAUAUACACUCCAAUGAGUUCACAUACGAAGAAUCUGUUUCCACUGGGGAGAUUGUUAUGAAGGUGGAAUCACCCAUGGACAAGGCUCGAGCUUUCAAGGAUGUUUUGAGCCAUAGUGACAACGGCAAACAUGUAUCUAUUUAUAUUGGAGACUCAGUGGGUGACUUGCUUUGCCUGCUUGAAGCAGAUGUAGGCAUUGUUGUCGGAUCAAGCUCAAGCCUAAGGAGAGUGGGUCAUCAAUUUGGUGUCUCUUUUGUUCCGUUGUUCACCGGAUUGGUGAAGAAACAAAGGGAAUUUGUUGAUGGGGAUUCAUCUAGUUGGAAGGGUUUGAGUGGCAUUCUUUAUACAGUCUCUAGUUGGGCUGAAAUACAUGCCUUCAUUUUGGGGCCAUAAUAUUCAAUGGCAUUCUCCCUCUGUUUUUAUUUUUAUUUUUAUUUUUUUCUAUUUCCUUAUUACCUAGGCAAAUCCAAGGAUUCGUAUAUCUAGGUCAAGAUAUUUAUGGUGGCUAAUUUUACAAAGAGCCGCCGGUCAGCUGUUUCUUUUUUUCUACAGGACCACCAUGCAAGUGCCGAACUUUGGCCGUUACAGGUGAUGUUGGGUAAUACUCUCUUGCGUUUCAGUCCUUUUUCGGCUUUUUAUAAUGGUUUUAAACAUCAGUUUAAAUCAAGUCGAUUCCACGGUUCACGGAUCUAAGGAAUUAGGUCAAUGGUAAGAAGGUAAUUGAGACGUUCUCAGCUGCAGACGGCCCCAAGAAGAUGCUUGGAUUUGUUUGUCCAAUUAGAUUUAAAUGUAAGUGAUUCUUUAAUGGGUAUAUUUGUUUUGUGGGGGAAUGGGCCUCCGUAGGUUUCCAUAAACUAUUACAAUGUAGUAGGGAUGGACGUGUAAAGCUUCAGCUAGUUUUUCCUAUGGUUCGGAAGCGCCACCCAUCAAAUACCAUAUGUUCUUUUUUUAAUUUCUUUAAAAAAAAGAAAAAAGGAAAAAAAAUUUGGGUUGUAGAAGGGGAUUUCAGUUUCCCCUGGUUUUAUUAAAAGGACUCCAACAUUAAUGAAAUCCCGCAGUUCCUCCUUGAA